AUGUUGAAGGCUAGUGCAUUCAGUAUCAGUGAGGCUCGAAGCGGCGAGGAGUGCGUGCAGCACAUCCAGUGUCACUCAACCCUCGGCGUACACUCGGAGUGCGCAGGCGGCGUAUGUGGGUGCGUCGCCACAGCCCACUUGGAGGACGACCGAUGCUACGAGACUUCUGUUGUCGGAGAGCGUUGUCUGGUAGACCAGAACUGCUUCUUGGGCGAAGCUGGUCCGCCGCGACAAGCCUUCUGCGUGCGAGGGUACUGCACUUGCCAGCUUCAGUUCAGCCCAAGGGAUAAUGGGACGAGAUGUGUCCGCGAUGCGACGUUGGGCGAGGAGUGCGAAGACCAGCUCCAGUGUGCAGGCCCAGGCUUGGAGUGUAGAGGCACGUGCCGCUGCCGGGACAACUGGGUGGCUCAUAAUGAGACCAACUCCUGUUUCGAAUCUGUAAAAGCCCUGAACGAGCCGUGUGAAUACGACGUGCAGUGCGACGCGUUAGCAGGCGUAGCGGAGGCACGCGCACCUGGUGCCGCGCUGUGUUUGGGCGGCGCCUGCGCAUGUUCAUACAACGCGCACGCGGUCGGAGACCCACCGCGCUGCUGGCACAGACGGAGACCGGGACAGGAGUGCCGGAGAGACGAGGAAUGCGUUUCCGAAGAGAACGAGCCAGGUUACUGCCUCGCCGGCCGCUGCACGUGCAAGACUUGCUCGCCUGAUGCACGCGACUUCGGCGGAGCGAGCACGCUGUCCCGCCCGCCAUUGUAUGUAGCGGCCAUCUUGUCGCUCGCCGCCAUCUUGAGACACUGACGCUGAAAGCGCGCGAAAAUGUCAGUUG